AUGGGAUGUGACUUAUCAACCUUUGCUAUUGAGGGUGGAGGAAGUCCCCAACAUCUAUACUCUUCAAAGGUUUCUCCUCUGAAUGAAUUGAAGAAAUUGGCUUCGAAUCAUUUCCAUUCUGUUAGUCAUAUACCGCACAGCCAAGAGAGUCCAUUCAAAACUGAUAAUGUGCAUGUGAAGUAUGGGAAAGAAUGUAAACAAGAAGAGGAUGUUGACAUCGUCAGUCGAGAAAAAGAAUCAGACGACGAAAACUUUGAAGGAGAUGAUUACGUUCUUCAGGCUUAUCGGCCACAAGCUGUUAGACCACUGACUCGUGCCUCAUCCAUCGGGUCUAUUAUGGAGAACCGUCCCCCAAGUGAAAUUUCUAACGGUUCUUUCACACGUGUAUAUAGAAAUCGGAUAGCAUCCACUAAUCGCUAUUGCAUUGAUACUUCCCGCUGUAAAUCUAACUUACCUGUCGUUAGUUUAUGUAGCAGGAAAAUUGGAAUACAGGAAUUUCCUAAUGGACGCAGUGAUGGUCGUCCAUGUGAUCUUUAUUGGCAUAAUGUCGUUUACGGCGAUAUGAAAAGUGUAGUUCAGUCUUCCUCUUCCAGAGUCAAUAAGUUCCCAGGAAUGACCGAACUAGCCAAGAAAAUCUCACUGACUCAUGCAAUCUCUUCCAUGCAGAAAAUCUUCCCAAAGGAAUAUGCGUUCUACCCAAAGUCUUGGUUUCUGCCUGCUCAUUACGUAGAAUUCCAGUCUUUCUAUAAGAAAGAAGCUGAGACACGCAAACGACAGAAUGGCAAAGGCGCCGAAAUGUGGUUUAUUGUUAAGCCUGAUGAAGGUGCACAAGGUACUGGUAUAUACUUGAUCAAUCACCCGAACCAGAUAAAGAAUCCUGAUGAGAAACAACUCGUUCAGGAGUAUGUGGCAGAUCCGUUCUUGAUGGGGGAUUCUCUUAAAUUCGAUUUCAGAGUUUAUGGCGUCAUACGUAGUAUUAACCCCCUCUCCAUGUAUGUAGCCAGAGAAGGCAUGGCCAGGUUUUGCACAGAAAAAUAUGAAAAACCAACAUCUUCGAACUUUGAAAAUUUGUUUUCCCAUCUCACAAAUUAUUCUCUGAACAAAUCAAAUGAUCAGUAUGUACAUAGCCAUUCACUUGAAGAUCAGAAGAAAGGCAGUAAGAGGUUGUUGUCCACUGUUUUCCAUCAGCUUGAAGCUCGUGGAUUGAAAACUAAACGUCUUUGGCAUGAUAUCAAGUUGAUCCUGAUAAAGACUGUUUUGGCCAUGCUCCCGGAAAUAAUGCUCCACUAUGAACACCACUUUUACGAUGCUAAAGGUCCACAAUGCUUCCAGAUCAUGGGAUUCGACAUUAUGAUUCGUGAAGAUGGUACUCCCGUGCUUCUAGAAGUCAAUGCUGCUCCUUCUCUUUCUAUAGAUCAUAUUGUACCUGCCCCUGGAAGAACUCUCGAAGACGGAUCACAACGAGUACGAAGUAUCGUUGACGAAGUUAUAAAAAUUCCACUCGUGAAAGAUACAAUAUUAUUGGUUCUUGGCUUGCUGGACGAAGAGUACUCAACACAGUCAGAUUCACAUACAUUAAAAAAUGGCAAAAACGUAACGGAGUUUCAGGACGAUAUGAGUACACUGAAAACGAAAAGAAAGCCACACCUCAGUGAAAUUUUCCCCACAAGAUAUGGUGCUCAUAGCGGACAUUUACUCUUUCUCGAUAAAGCAAUGUACAUAUUCAUGCAAUUCGUUCAAAUUCGAAACACCGUAAACAUAUCUGCGGGCGGUAUUCGUCAGUUUGUCAGGAAAUGCAACUUAAUAAAUGUUGUAACAGCGCAGCAAAUUGAAACCAAAAUGGCUGAGAUAAACUAUUUUUUCAGCGGUGAUGUAGGCACCUUGACUAAUGGAUUACCUUUCCAUGCGUUCCUUCAAUUCAUGUUUUGGAUUGCGGAGAAGAAAUUCCCAGAUGAAGUUGAUUUAUUGGCAAAAAUGCAGAGAUUGAUGGCCUUCUGUGAUUCGAGCCUGCGCCACUAUGGUGUGCGUUCAGCUCGAUUAAGACGAAUAGAGGUGGACACGAAUCAAGAAGAAAAUCCGGUAGAAAUCUACAUGUUGCCAAGCAGAGUUCGCGCUAAGUUUAGAGCAAAGUCUACUGAUCCGUUUGCCGAAACGAGAAGAGCUGAGCAACUACGAAAAGACCGAAAUAAUAACAACAACAAUGUUAAUAACUCUAACAACACGAAUGGAAACUUCAACUCCAAUAAUAACAGUCAAGACAAUAACUUAUUGAAACUCCCUAAGAUAAAGCCUUGA